CGGCGCCGAGUAAGAGCCACGGCAGUUUGUCGCCGCGCACCGCCAAACGCGUACGCCACGCCGCCGCUAGCCACUGACCGCGCCGGGGCCGCUCGCCGGAACAAUCUACGCGCGAGAGACACGACUCGGACAUCACGUGAACUCGUCGUCGCAGUCGUCGCCACUCAUCGGUGCCGCCCUCGAGCCGUCACUGAUCCUCUCCGAUGAUCCGGUGAACUCGAUCAUCGCCGUAGACCGCUCUCGCACACCGACUCAUCCCUUAAAACCCGAACGCCGAAAUCCACCCUCCCCCCCCUCCCCCCGACGACGACGACAAGACGGGACGCACUCGAGCCAGCGCCAUGAACCCGACCGCCGGCGUGCCCACCGUACUCGAGGACGCCGCCCUGUACAGGUACGAGAUGUGCCGGAACAUGUCAUCGGCCAACGUGCCGCUAUGCGUCAACAGCACCGAAUUCAUCGACUACAACAACACCGACGACGAGAUCCUCCAGGUGGAGCGCAUCGUUUCGCUGGCCGUGCCCAUACUGUUCGGCAUCAUCGUGGUGGUCGGGCUGCUGGGCAACCUGCUGGUGGUGAUCGUGGUGAUGGCAAACCAGCAGAUGCGGAGCACCACCAACCUGUUGAUCAUCAACCUGGCGCUGGCCGACCUGCUGUUCAUAGUGUUCUGCGUGCCGUUCACCGCCGUCGACUACAUGCUGCCGUACUGGCCAUUCGGCGACGUCUGGUGCAAAAUGGUCCAGUACCUGAUCGUGGUCACCGCGUACGCGAGCGUCUACACCCUGGUGCUCAUGUCGCUGGACCGGUUCCUGGCCGUCGUCCACCCGAUCGCCUCCAUAUACGUGCGCACCGAGCGCAACGCGUCCUCCGCCAUACUCGUCACGUGGGUGCUCAUCGUGCUGCUCGCGUUGCCAGUGCUCGCCAGACACGGCGAGGUCACGUACACGUUCUCCAGCGCCGAGCACACGGCGUGCAUAUUCCUCGAGAGCGACCAGAAGACCCGACCUGACGGUUACAACAAGCCGGCGUACCAGAUAUUCUUCUUCCUCACGUCGUACGCGAUACCGCUGGCCAUCAUAUGCAUCCUGUACGUGCUGAUGCUGAUGAGACUGUGGAAAGGAGUGAACCCAGGCGGGCAGCCACCGUCGGCCGAGAGCCGGAGGGGCAAGAAGCGUGUCACCCGAAUGGUGGUCGUCGUGGUCGCCAUAUUCGCCUUCUGCUGGUUCCCGAUACAGGUUAUAUUGGUGCUAAAAAGCAUUAACUAUUAUGAAAUCACGGCUAUCAGUGUCAUCGUCCAGAUAGUCAGCCAUUGUCUUGCGUACACCAACUCAUGCCUGAAUCCAAUAUUAUACGCGUUCUUGUCAGAGAAUUUCCGGAAGGCAUUCAGAAAAGUGAUAAUUCCAUGGAGACCGGAAGUGAACGUCCAAGGGAGAUUUGCAAAUGGAGACGCCCGGUCGAUGGCUGUCACUAGGACGACUAGGACGACUAACAACGACAUACUUUGAAAUACUGGAAUGAAAACUACGAAAUUCAACCAAGGAUAAAACAUUUAAGAUUCGAGUGACACGAGAACGUAUAGCAAACACGGAGCUCAAUACAGAAUGAAAACGAAUAUUGCAUGUUACUAUACAUAAACGUAGUCAAAAUACAAUACUAUAAUAUUAUAGAUGUUAAAUAAAUAUGUUAAAAUUAAUAAGAUUACUUUAAGUUAUCUAUCGUAAGUCAAAUUAUAUUACCACUUUGUUGCUUUCAUGUUAAAUCGUAUGAUAUUUUUUAAAAUACCUACACCUUAGAAUCUAUCUAAACGUAAAAUGUACGUAUUAAUCCUAAUUAAAAGAAAAUUUUCAGGUAUACCUAUUAAUUUUGUUGAUGUAAAUAAAAACUCAAUUGUAUACAAUAAAAAAUGUUUAAAUAUAAUAACCUUAUAUUAUAAAUAUCGUAUAUAAGUACCUAAUAUAUAUUAUUAUAUAUUAUAUAAACACACACACAUUAUACAUAAUAUUAUAUAGGUAACAUUAUGUAAUGUGUAAUAUUUCCAAUGCUAUACAAAAUUAAAAUAUAAUUAAUUACAAUUUCAAACAUUGAAUAAAAAUGUAUGUUCAGAAAUCUUAAAUACUGCCAAAUAAUAGUUUUUACAUCAGUCUUCUCAUUGUUGUUGAUGCAUGUUCAUUUUUAACCCACAUUCAUGAUUAAAAUUAUAUCUUGAACCACCUAUUAUACCGAUAGAAAACGAAUACUCUUUAAGAUGUAAGUGCUCAAAAUCUAACAAUUUGUAAUUUGUUAUUUAUUGUGAAAUUAUCAUACUCAUUAAGAAUAUUAUCAAUUGUACGUACCUAUUCUAUAAUAAACAUAUUAACAUAUAACAUUAUAA